AUUAGUAGAUUGAGAAAGAAAUCAGUGGCGGGGUUUGCCUUGGUUCUGAAACAUGUAAUAAGAAAGCUCAGAGAUAACAAUGGCCACUAUUUCUCCUCUGAUUCUCAGGACCUCACCUCUCUGUCUCUGGACUCCACACUCCAACAAACCCCUCUCUUCCCUUCCCUUCUUCACCAUCCCCAAGUCCAAGGCUCUCUCCAUCCUCUGUUCCACAAAGAUGGAAGGAAGUGAGAUUACAGAAGAUGUGGCAGAGAAUUCAGGAGCCAAUGAGAUUGUAAAGAAGAAAAUCUUUGUUGCUGGAGCAACCGGAAGUACUGGGAAGAGAAUUGUUGAGCAGCUGCUGGCAAAGGGUUUUCAGGUUAAAGCCGGGGUUCGUGACUUGGACAAGGCCAAAAAUUCGCUUUCCCAUGACAACCCGGCCCUUCAAAUUGUGAAAGCGGAUGUAACGGAGGGUUCUGAGAAGCUAUCAGAAGCUAUUGGUGAUGAUUCAGAAGCUGUGAUAUGUGCAACUGGCUUUCGGCCGGGGUGGGAUUUGUUUGCUCCAUGGAAGGUUGAUAAUUUUGGCUAUUAUUGUCUGAAAAAUAUGAUGUUGCAGGUUGAUAAUUUUGGCACUGUAAACCUUGUUGAAGCGUGCCGUAAACUAGGUGUCAACAGAUUCAUACUUAUCAGUUCCAUUUUAGUCAAUGGAGCUGCAAUGGGACAGAUACUUAAUCCAGCUUACAUCUUUCUCAAUGUUUUUGGACUUACCUUAAUUGCAAAGCUUCAGGCUGAGCAAUAUAUCAGGAAAUCGGGUAUAAACUAUACUAUAAUAAGGCCUGGUGGGCUGAGAAAUGAACCCCCGGCAGGAAAUAUUUUUAUGGAGCCAGAGGACACUCUUUAUGAAGGUACCAUAUCCAGAGAUCAGGUUGCAGAAGUUGCCGUUGAGGCUUUACUCCAUCCUGAAGCAUCUUAUAAGGUUGUAGAGAUAGUUUCCCGAGCUGAUGCUCCUAAGCGGUCAUAUGAGGACCUUUUUAGGUCCAUUAAGCAGCGGUGACUUCAAAGUUAAAUCUCAGAACGUGACAUAGGCAGAGUACUAUUUCUGACUUCUUUCUUUCUUCUGGCAGAUAUAUGUUUGCCAUUAUAUUUUCAAGCUCAUGUUAUUUGAUUAACUCAGAUAUAUUGAACUUUGAUGAAAGUAUAUGCCUAUCAAACUAGACAAAUGCUUAAUAAAGUAGCAAAAUGCUUAGUAUACACUCAA